AUGAUUGACAACGAAUCGAAUGUUACAAGUACCGUUGAAGCAUCAACACUCGGCAGUUUUCCCAUUACCACUACAACUAGAAUAAUCACAACCACACUAUCUUCUACUACUCCCUCUUCAUCUCCAACAUCUAGCACCACUCAAAUUGAUCUGAAUAUUAUCUUACCAUGUACAAUUAUUGGAGGUGUGAUGUUAAUAGUUUUUAUUGUGAUAUGCAUUUGCUACAAAAAAAGACAAAGAUUAAAACAAAAAAAUUCACCGCCAACUUUACCAUCAUUUGCAGUUCCUAAAUUAAAUGAUAUAUCUAAUGAAUCACCCAUUGAUCACCAACAAGAAGAAGCUAUCAAGCCAGUUCUACUACGAAACAGACAUAUUUCGAAUACACCUGUUGCUGAAACAAGAGAAAGUAUGGCAAGUGUAACAAGUGUAUAUAGUGAUGGAUAUAUAGUGCCAAGUUCUCCACCAAAUAAAGAAAUUCAGGAUGAUCCAGAGUAUAUUGAUAUGACACAGCCACAAUAUCUUCCCAAAGCCUGUGGUGUGGUUAAUAAAGGGUAUGUCAAUGAUCCUAGAAAUCCACAGACUAAUUUUUUUUCAAUUCAUGAGUUAUCUUCCCAUUAUCAAAAUACUGGGAAUUCUGUGCCUGAUAUGAGACCAAUAAAAACAGUGAGUGAAUAUGCAAAUAUUAAAAACGAGAUAAGUGAAUCCACAAAACGACCUUCUAGUGAUAUUUAUGAAAAUACAGACCAAAUUUUAGAAGAUCAUCAAUUGCUUGAUUAUGAAAAUGCUCCUGCAAAAGUGACAUCCAAAAAUGAGAAUAUAAAUGAAAGUUUAACCACAAACAAUCUCACACCUGAGAUUAAACCUAAAAAAACUCCCCCAUCCCCUAGAACCAAUCGCCCUCAACUAUCUCUGCAAAAUAACUCCCCAAAACCAUCAGUUGGAUCUCCACGCUCUCAAUCUUCACCAAGAGGAUCUCCACGCUCUCGAUCUUCACCAAGAGGAUCUCCAGCAUCUAAAACACCAAGAACUUGCCCUGAAAAAUACAGAGGUGUUAAAGUUAUGUAAAUAAGAUUUAUCUAAUACAUAUGAAACUAUACACAUGUAGUAUAUCUUUAAAAUGAAUAUUUUUCAUCUGAAGAUCUUUCUCUGCAGUCAUCGUUCUUUUUUUUUACUAGAUCAGAUAAUAUCUAAAGGGACUGUAAAGAAGUUUUCAACAUUGUGUAUGAGUAUAGGGGACAAUGAUAGCAUCAAUUUACACCAUUCCAAUUUUCAAUCAGACAUCUGUGCUUUUUACAAUUUCAUUUAAACUAAGCAUUUUAUAACGUCACUAAUCUUGAAGAUCUUUUGGCAUAUUUUGCCAUUAGUGAUGUCAUCAAACACUUAAUUUUAGUGGAAUUGCAGGAACCAGGGUACACAUAAAAAAUUUAGAAAACCUUUUUACGAUCCCUUAAAUUUAGAGUGAGUCAAAUUUGAUUUAGUAACAACGGUUUAAGGGCAAUAUUGAGACAAUUGGGAUUUCAAAAUUGUCAUAAUUUCAAAGGGAUCUAACUAUUAAUCUGUAAUUAAUUGGGAUUAAUAAUUAAUCUUAAGUUACCUUAUUCAGAUGUACAUACAUGUAUAUAUCAGUAUAAGAUAUUUAUUAUAUGUGAAAUAAGUUUCAUUAUUUCUCAUUCAUUUGUACAUACAUGUAUAAUUCAAUACAACUAAUAAAGAUAUUAAUUU